UAUUUUUCUUUAAUUUAUUAAUAUUUAUUUAUUAUACCUCAAUAGAUAUUUAUCACAAAACAAAACAGUAAACCUUAGUCAUGGCUCAUGUUGUAGUUUUGGAUUCAAUUGAUGAAGAUAUUUUUGUUUGCGGGAAUUGUAAAACUGUAUUUAACUCCUUACAAAUAUUUCUUGACCAUAAAAAAUCAAAAUGUAGCAAUAUCGUUUUAGAAGGAAGAUAUUCGAAUGUUGAAUUGGUGCAGCCAGCUCUUGGUGAACCUUUUCCUGAGAACAUUCCGACUUUGCAUCAAAGCGAAGUAUUACCUGAUCCACUGCCAGUGGCGGACCAGACAUGGCCUGAGGAUCUCACUUGUAGUACUUGCAAGAAGAAAUUCAAAAAAGUCAGAACCUUAAUGGCUCACAUGAAAACACAUUGCGAAAAGCCAUACCAGUGUCCUAUCUGUGGUAGAUGUUUUAUUCAAAAUUCACAUUUACAAAGACACAUUACUUCUCACAGAAUAUGGCCAGAUUGUCUAAGGGAGACCACAGCACAAACUCUUGAAGAAGAACUUCUAAGUUACACAUGUUCAUAUUGCAACUUGAUUUUACUAAAUUACAGUCAAUAUAGGGCUCACCUCAAAAAUCAUUUAUCUCUAAAGAAAUAUAAGUGCAUACAAGGAGAGUGUUUAGAGUUUUUUGAGACAGUUGAUAGUUUACUGCAUCAUGUGUCUGUUGAACAUGAGAGACCUGUUUAUAUUUGUCAUCUGUGUCAUUCUACUUUCAAUACCUUGGAAAAUAUUGCUGUACACCUGCAGAGUGAUAAUGAUGGAUGCAAAGAUAGCCAAAACAAGCCAAAAGUAUAUAAAUGCUCACAAUGUGAUGCUAGAUUUAGGAAAUCUGAAAAACUGGCUCUUCAUUUAUUGACAGAAAAUCAUAACAAGAUAUGCAUUCAUUGCAAUAAAACAUUUGCAAGUGAUAAGAGAUUACGCUUGCAUCUACAAAUACAUAGGACACUGAAACCAUUUCAGUGUAACAUUUGUAACAGUAGUUUCCACAUGAAGAAAUACUUAUCAACACACAUGCUGAAACAUGGCAAUAGGCAGUUCAAGUGUUCAGUUUGCAAGUAUACAUUCAAAAGGCAAGAUUUGCUUCAAAGGCAUAUGAAAUUACAUCAAGCAAAGAAAAUGUUGAAAUGUCCCUUCAAAGAUGCUUUGGAUUGCAAGAAGGAAUUUAGCCGGACUGACAAAUUGAAAUCACAUAUAAAAUCUCAUACAAAACAUUUAGCUCUUCAUACAAAGACUAAAAAGGUUGUUCAUGAAAAUAUUACAGAGCAAAGUACUAAUGAGUGACAACAAAAACAUAGACAUUCAUAAU